GCCGCUGUUAUCAACACACGAGAAGAAGAAGACACAAUUAUUUUUGUUUUUCGGCCCCGUGUGUUUUUUCUGUCCCUUUUUUUCGUCUUUCAUCUAAAAAAUAAAGUACGGCAUAUAAAUAGAACUUGAUCACGUUUCAGAGUCGCUGCAAUGUCAGCCUUUACGGAAUCGGCGCUACUCAAGAAAUUAUCAGAACUCAAUCCCAGUCAGCAGAGCAUUCAAACAUUAUCCUUAUGGCUCAUCCAUCAUCGAAAACAUCACACGGUCAUUGUUCAGACCUGGCAACGUGAACUCCAAAAUGUGCCGGAGCCCAAAAAGUUAACCUUCAUGUACCUGGCCAACGAUGUCAUUCAGAACAGCAAGAAGAAGGGACCCGAAUACGGCAAGGAGUUCGGCAAUGUGCUGCCCAAAGUCUUUGCGCACAUUGGCGAAACGUGCAGUUCGGAAAAGCUGCUCGGCAGUCUUGGGCGCAUUUUGAAUAUAUGGCAGGAGCGAGGUGUCUACGAUCCAAAGACCAUUGUUGAUUAUCGCGCACGCAUGAACAGUGAGGCAAAAGAUGCCCCAGCUAAUGCGAACGGCAAUGGCAGCAGCAGCAGCACCAAAACCAGCAACAGCAACAGCAAAGGUGCCACUGUAUCAGCUGUGCCCCACAAAAGUAGUAGUAACAGCAACAGCGGCAGCAAAUCGGAAAAGUCUGAGAAGCGCGAGAAGCGCAAACAUGAAGAGCGGCAGUCGAAAUCGAAGAGGCCGCGUGCAUCUUCCCAUCAUCAAAGUGUCAGCGUUGUUGAGCCGCCUGCACCUGAGGCGGAAAAUGGUCACACACCGCCUUAUUUGACGCUGGGUGAACCACCGGAGCCCGAAGAGCUAAUCAAAGCGUUGACCAGUAUUGAGAACUCGGCGUCAAGUGAUGCGCUGGUGCGCGAAAGGAUCGCCAAGCUGCCGCCGGAAAUAUCGGAAAUUGGCUGCAUUACCAAACUAGAGGAUAAGGACAAGGCCAAAGUCUUGGCCAAACAGGUCAAUGAGGCGGUCGAUUUGCUGAACGAUUACAAUGCGCGUCUCUCUGCUGAGAUGGAGGAGCGGACCAAGCUGGCCGCCAUGCUGCGUGACUUUCAGGCGGAACAGAAGGAGUUGCUCGCUCAGGCCGAGCUGCGAUUGGAUGAACACAAGAAGAAGCUGGCCAAGAUGAUGGGCCUGCAGAAAGAGAUACACGAUCAUUUAUCCAAUCUACCAGAUCUGACACAGCUGCCAGAUGUGACCGGUGGCUUGGCGCCCCUACCCUCAGCCGGUGAUCUCUUUAAUACGCUACAUUGAUUCGAUUCAAUUCGAUACAUCUAUGAUUCUACUCCCGUUACCGAGCAGCUGCACGAGGAUUACACUUGAUGAAUUGAUUCUUACAUAAUAUACAUACACAUAUAUUAUAUUCGUGGCGUCGAUGGACGUGAAUUUUUGUCGCAUUAUUUUAUAAUCAAUCAGUUGAUUGUAAUUAAUACACUUAUUGACGGUUAAA